AUGAACCUCAGUCUUCCUCUCCGGCCUGCCAAUAGGCGGAAUGACGAGAGUAGAAACCACUUCACGAAUUACACCCCAACUUCCUCGACCGAAGCUAUUGCUGGACCUGUCCGAGAGCCUGCUCCUCUCAAUGACCGGUUGAUCGUUGGACUGGAUUUUGGUACUACUUAUUCUGGUGUUGCUGCUGUCUACACGUCGACGCCAGACGAUGUUGAAAUCAUCAAAACCUGGCCUGGAGGAAACGGAAUCACAUCGGACAAAGUCCCCACGGAAAUAGCAUACGACUAUCCUCCUGGCUCGCCAGAUGGAACCGACCCGACGAUUAAAUGGGGCUUUCAAUUCAGACCCGAAGAAUCCAGACUUCGGUGUAUCAAGCUCUUCCUUGACCGGUCACAAAAGCUACCUUUCUACGUCAGUCCAUUGGAAACUGCCGCACAGUUGAAGAAAUUCAACAAAAAUGUCGUAGAUGCCGUCAGUGACUACCUCACUCAGGUGUACAACCAUACCAUGGAGACUCUCACCAGGCGAUAUGGAGAAUCUUUCAUGGCUUCGACGAAAGUCGAGUUCGUACUCACAUGUCCUGCUGUCUGGUCCGAUGCAGCGAAGAACACUACACUGUUGGCUGCAGAGAAAGCUGGGAUGGGAUCCAAAUCCGACAUUCAGAUGAUCAGUGAGCCCGAGGCAGCUGCAGUCUAUACCCUCAAAGCCAUCCAGCCAAAUCACCUAAGUGCAGGCGAUAAUUUUGUUGUUUGUGACGCCGGUGGUGGGACUGUAGAUUUGAUCGCUUACAAGAUCAUAUCACUCAAGCCCCUACGAGUCGAGGAAUCAGCAGUAGGAACGGGAGGCUUGUGCGGAAGUGCAUUCUUGAACUAUCGAUUUGAAGAACAUGUUCGAAACCGCAUUGGCCAUGCUAGAUUCGAUGAGAUGAAGCUGAAGAAGGGCAAAUGUUGGCAAAUGGGGUUGAGAUACUGGGAAGAGUUCGUUAAGCGUAACUUCAACGAGGAAGAGCAUGCCGAAGUCAAUGUUCCUUUUCCUGGUCUACCAGAUGACGAGGAAGCUGGUCUAGAUUGCGGCUUCCUAGUCAUGACAGCCCCUCAAAUCAAGGAGAUAUUUGAGCCGGUGGUCAAGGAAGUAUGUGAGCUCGUACAAGGGCAAGUCGAUGGGAUAAGACAGAAAGGCGGUAUUGUCAGCGGAAUAGUCCUUGUCGGUGGUUUUGGCCAAAGUAAUUAUCUGUUCACACGGUUGAAGUCACAUUUUAAUACGGCGGCACCACCUCCAUACAGCGAGCGGCCGACACACGCCCAAGCAACAGCACUUAUUACGAAUGGAUCAGUUGAGGUCAUGCAACCUGUCAAUGCAUGGACGGCAGUAGUUCGAGGAGCAGUAUUGAGAGGGCUUGAGGGAAGUAUGGUUGUCUCUCGGAAAGCGAGAAUGCAUUACGGUACUUCGUAUGCUACCGUUUAUGACGAGGAUAAACAUCAGGUCAGCGAGAGAUAUUGGAGUCCUCUCUGGGAGCGGUGGAUGGUCAGUGACAGGAUGCAAUGGCAUAUUACCAAGGGAGAAACUCUGAGUGCAGCAACUCCUAUUAGCUUCCACUAUACUCGUAACUUUCGACCGGGCCAGUCUCUCGUCGUCUCAGAUGACCUGAUCGCCUCAGACGCCGACGGCGAGCCCCCCAGUGCCUACUCCCGAGACCUAGUGAAUGUCUGCACGCUCACGACUGAUCUGGCUGCCGUACCAAAGAGCCUCUUCACAAGGCUGACAACGACGAGGGGAGUCGAGUUUGACAAUCUGGACUUUACGCUGGAGAUGGUGGUUGAGAGUGGGCUGGCCUUUGAGUUGAAAGUUGACGGAUUUAGGUACGGACGAGUGGAGGCGGAGUUUCAUUGA